GAACUUAUCGAAAAAUCAGCGCCACUACCCAGCUGAUGAGUGCCAAAAAUAAGCGAAUCUCGGCUGGCAACAUGCUAGCGAGCAAAAUGGCCGAUGCGGUUGCUGCUACUCCCGUAAGCUGGCCGAAUGAUAAAGAUUCUUACGAAUUAGGAGAAGUUAUCGGUGUCGGAGCCACUGCGAUCGUACACAGUGCCCUCUGCAAAACUCGUAAAGAAAAAUGUGCCAUCAAGAGAAUCAACUUGGAGAAAUGGAAUACGAAUAUGGAUGAACUUUUGAAAGAAAUUCAAGCAAUGAGUGCCUGUAACCAUGAAAAUGUUGUAAGCUACUUCACUUCCUUUGUUGUGAAGGAGGAGCUUUGGCUUGUGAUAAAAUUGCUUUCUGGAGGCUCACUGCUAGACAUAAUUAAACAUAAGAUGAAAAUGGAGGAUUGUAAGCAUGGUGUGUUUGAUGAGGCUACUGUCGCCACUGUAUUACGAGAAGUUCUAAAAGGAUUAGAAUAUUUUCAUAAUAAUGGACAAAUUCAUAGGGACAUAAAGGCUGGAAAUAUUUUGCUUGGAGAUGAUGGAACUGUGCAAAUUGCAGAUUUUGGUGUGAGCUCGUGGUUGGCGACAGGGGGAGACUUGUCGCGACAGAAAUCCAGGCACACCUUUGUCGGCACCCCUUGCUGGAUGGCCCCUGAAGUCAUGGAACAGGUGACUGGGUACGACUUUAAGGCAGACAUCUGGAGUUUCGGGAUCACGGCGAUAGAGCUCGUUACGGGUACAGCACCAUAUCACAAGUACCCUCCCAUGAAGGUUUUAAUGUUAACGCUGCAAAAUGAUCCUCCGACGAUCGAUACCGUCGCGGAAGAGAAAGACCAGUUCAAGAAUUAUGGAAAGACCAUCCGCAAGAUGAUAUCGGACUGCCUGCAAAAGGACCCCACCAAAAGACCUACUGCCUCUGAGCUUUUAAAGCAUCCUUUCUUUAAAAAAUCUAAGGAUCGUAAAUACCUUAUGCAAAUUCUAGUUUCUGCUGCCCCUAGUCUUGAAGCAAGAGCACAAAAAUUAAAAAAUACAAAAAGAGUUCCUGGUACCAGUGGGCGUUUGCAUCGAACGGAAGCAGGAGACUGGGUGUGGUCUUCGGAUGAAGAGGGGGAUGAAAAAACUGACGUACGUAAGAGCCCUGCAGAGGAGACGAGCGGUAAAGUUUCCGAUGCAUCUGUGGGCAUGAAUGAGUUGAAGAUAUCUGAUAAUCAUCUUCCCAAUUCAGAACAGGCCAGUCUUCCCUCCAAUGCCAUUCCUUCUCCCGUCGAAUCAUCACCCCAAGAAGUUCCCACACCUGCGGUACCACCCCUGGCUGUGGAGGAAAAUUCGACAAUCGCAAAUGAAGCACCUAGUGUCCAUCUCAUCAACUUAGUUUUGAGGAUACGAAACCAAAAACGGGAGUUAAAUGACAUAAGAUUUGAAUUUGUUCCUGAAAGAGAUACUGCUGAUGGUAUCGCUGCAGAGCUGGUAGGCGCUGGCUUAGUAGAUGGCAAGGAUAUAAUUGUUGUUGCCGCCAAUUUACAAAAACUAGUUGAUAAUUUAUCACUGAAGACUGCAGUAUUUGCCUUGAACCCUGGCCCCAACCCCAGCGAGGUCCCUGACGAGAAAUCCCUGGUGGGCUUCGCACAGCUGUCCAUAGCCGCCGAGUAGCCCCCCCACCCCUCUUCACUGCUGCCUACUCCUCACCCCCCGUGUGGAAGGAACUCUGUG